CCAGUCCCAAUGUGAUGUCAUAAGCUCCCAGGUGCCCAGUGCGCAGCCGGCCACAGAGAAGUGGGUGACUUAGGAGUAUCCUCUCCGCUUCUGACCCCUGGUUUCAUCCGCGCACAACUUGCUCAAAAUGGGCAACUCACUAGGCAUAUUUUGUUCCUGGUUCCGCCGCAGGUUCCGGCCACGCCAUCAGCAACCUGCUCCUCUAAGGGCAUUGUGUCCCUGGUCCGAGCGCAGGUCCUGGCCACGCAUUUGGCAUCGUGGACGUCUUGUCUGUGAGGGCUUCCCAGCUGGCUGGGCUCACCCCGCGGCUCCUGCACCUGUGCCUGCCCCUGGAAACCUGGGCUGUUCCCGAUUCCUUUUCAACCCUCAGCAACAUCCUGGGCCUUCUUUUCCAGCCAGGUGGGAUGGUGCCCCUAUGAGGCUGUGUCUUCUCCCUCGGAACAGGGGCACCCCACUGAGGGUCCCGCCUCCUGUGGUCUGGAGCCCCCCCUCAAGGAAGAAACCUGUGCUGUCGGCUCGCAACUCCAGGAUGUUUGGACACCCCAGCCCCGUGAGGAUCCCUCCUCUCAGAGGCAAGUUUAACCUCCAACUGCCUUUAUUAGAUAAGCGGGUGAUCCCAGCCAGGAUCCCGAAGAUAGAAGAAGAGCCCGAAGAACCAAUGGAAGUGGAUCAGGUAGAGACCCAGGAGGACAAUAAAAGGGGCCCCUGUAGCAAUGGGGAAGCAGCCUCCACCUCUAGGCCCCUGGAGACUCAGAGAAACCUCACUUCCUCCGGGUGCAGUCCCAGGCCCUUGGAGGGAAAUGUCCACCUCAAGAGCGUGACAAAAAAGAACCAGAAU